UCCCACUCAGGAACUGAUAAGGUCCAACAUUGAAGAGACUUUUACGCGCGUUGAAUGUCAGAAUUGUAGAUUUGGGUCCAUUGAGUCGUCAUGGCCAACUUCUGUCUUUUGUAUCUUUUCCCCGGACUGCUCCUGCCUCUUAUUGGCGGCCAACAGCCUCCGCGCGCCGGGCCGUGGCGGCACCGCAUCCAGUGGGAGAACAACGGCCAGAUCCACAGCCUCGUCAGCAGCGGCUCAGCGUUCAAGGCUCCUGCCAGGUCCAGGAGCCAAUCGACGGUCUACGUCAGCAGCCGGGACCGCACGGCGGCCUCGGAGUCCGCGUCACCCGCCGCCGACCACGCGUCCCGCCGGGCGCGCACCCGCGUCCGCCGCCCCAGGCCGGACCUCACCGGCAGCAUCAGCGCAUGGACCGACGGUCUCACCGUGGACGGCUCGGUGCCGCACACCAGCCGAGAGGAGGAACCGGGUCUGCUGGCGCCGUUCCAGUCUUUACGCGCGGACGUCAGGCCGGGAGCCAGCUGGCUUUACGCGCCCAGGACGCAGAGCUCCAUCCUGGCUCAUCCCGGAGGAGACGCGUUUGCUCUGGAAGCGACGGGCAGCGACGUGGAGAGUAUGUUUAACGACGAUUCUCGGAACCACAACUUCCCCGGGAAUUCCGUCUUCUACAAUAUGUAUCCACCCAGCGGGGGACGACCGGGGACGCACACGCGGCGGCCUCCUGACGCAGGACACGGGACCACAUACUUCCAGAAUGGACUGCCUGACCUGGUUCCAGACCCCUACGCCAUCCAAGCAGGUGCUUACGUGCAGCGCAUGCAGAUGUUUGCGUUACGUUGUGCGGCAGAGGAGAACUGUUUGGCCAGGUCGGCCUAUGCUCCCUCAAUGCGAGACAUCGACUUCCGGGUCCUACUACGCUUCCCGCAGAAAGUGAAGAACCAAGGCACCGCCGACUUCCUCCCCGUGAAACCAAGGCACCAGUGGGACUGGCACAGCUGCCACCAGCACUACCACAGCAUGGAGGCCUUCAGCAACUACGACCUGCUGGACGCCGCCACGGGACGUAAAGUCGCCGAGGGACACAAGGCCAGUUUUUGUCUGGAGGACACGGGCUGCGACCCCGGGAUCAGGCGGCGCUACGCCUGCACAGCUCACAAACAGGGACUGAGCCCAGGGUGUCACGACCUCUACGCCGCCAACAUCGACUGUCAGUGGAUCGACAUCACGGACGUAGCGCCGGGGAAGUACAACUUGAAGGUGACCGUCAACCCCGACUUCCACGUGCUGGAGUCGGACUUCACCAACAACAUUGUGAGGUGUGAGAUCACGUACACGGGAAUCUACGUUCAGACGCGCAACUGUCGAGUAACAAGCGGGUGAAAUCUCCUGGAAUUGUCCAGUUUCAACUUUUGACUUGCCGGUCAAUUUGAGUUGAAUUCCGACUAAAGAGGUUGCAUUUAUACAAUUUGUAUUAGGGGUGUAUGUACUUUGUAUUUAAUGUUCCAUAAGAUGUUUUGUUUCUAUUAUGGUGCUAUGUUUAGUUGAUAAUAUUUUAAAUUGUGGGAUGCUCGGUUGUUUUUGAAAUGUCACCCGAUGUCACAGCAGUAGAGAUGUCCGAUAAUGGCUUUUUUUGCCGAUAUCAGAUAUUCCGAUAUUGUCCAAUUCUUAAUUACCGAUUCCGAUAUCAACCGAUACCGAUAUAUACAGUCGUGGAGGUAACACAUUAUUAUGCCUAAUUUUGUUGUGAUGCCCCGCUGGAUGCAUUAAACGAUGUAACAAGGUUUUCCAAAAUAAAUCAACUCAAGUUAUGGAAAAAAAAUGAAGUUAUGGAAAAAAAAUGCCAAAAUGGCACUGCCAUAUUUAGGGCAUAUUGAAUUUCUAGCAUUUUAUUAUUAUACCGCCGCCUCUUUGAGCUGUAAUUUGACCCCCUUAACAUGCUUCAAAACUCACCAAAUUGGACACACACAUCAGGACUGGCGAAAAUUGCGAUCUAAUCACAAAACCAAACCCCAAAACUCAAAAUUGCUCUCUAUCGCCACCUAGGAAGAAACCACAGACAAAACUGCCUGUAACUUCCAGUAGGAAUGUCGUAGAGACAUGAAACAAAAACCUCUAUGUAGGUCUCACUUAGACCUAAAUUUCAUACACUGACAUCCUUCAGCAAAAAGCAACAGGAAGUUUGCAAUUCCCCCUUCAAAAUAAAAGUUGGGUCAAAACAGUCCCCUUUUUUUAAACAUGAUCUCCUCUGAGCGCGUUUGUUGUGUCGGCUUCAAACUAGCACAGGAGAGAGAUUGAACCCUUCUGAUUAAAAGUUGAUGAAAGAGUUUUAAUUACUGCUCCGGUUUGGAUUUUAUGUGCCGUCAAAGUCGGUCCCGUCCAUCGCUGCUUGCAGCUUUAAUUAUGCCUAAUUUUGUUGUGAUGCCCCGCUGGAUGCAUUAAACAAUGUAACAAGGUUUUCCAAAAUAAAUCAACUAAAGUUAUGGAAAAAAAAUGCCAAAAUGGCACUGCCAUAUUUAGGGCAUAUUGAAUUUCUAGCAUUUUAUUAUUAUACCGCCGCCUCUUUGAGCUGUAAUUUGACCCCCUUAACAUGCUUCAAAACUCACCAAAUUGGACCCACACAUCAGGACUGGCGAAAAUUGAUAUCUAAUCAAAAAAACCAAACCCCAAAACUCAAAAUUGGGCUCUAGCGCCCCCUAGGAAGAAAACACAGACAAAACUGCCUCUAACUCCCAGUAGGAAUGUCGUAGAGACAUGAAACAAAAAACCUCUAUGUAGGUCUCACUUAGACCUAUAUUUCAUACACUGACAACCCCCAGCAAAAAUCAACAGGAAGUUUGCAAUUCCCCCUUCAAAACAAAAGUUGAGUAAAAACAGUCACCUUGUUUCAAACAUUAUCUCCUCUGAGCGCGUUUGUCGUGUCGGCUUCAAAUCAGCACAGGAGAGAGAUUUAACCCUUCUGAUUAAAAGUUGAUGAAAGAGUUUUAAUUACUGCUCCGGUUUGGAUUUUAUGAGCCCUCAAAGUCGGUCCCGUUCAUCGCUGCUUGCAGCUUUAAUUAUUAUUGAAGUCACAAAGUGCAUUAUUUUUUUUAACAUGCUUUAAAACAGCAGCUUGGAAUUUGGGACAUGCUCUCCCUGAGACCCACUACAACUAUGGGAAGUACUAUACUUUGACUUUCACAAAGUGCAUUAUUUUUUAUAUAUUUUUAAACAUGCCUCAAAACAACAGCUACAAAAACAAUGAAGGCACACAGCUUCAGUCCAGACUAUACUAGAGUAAUGAAAUAAACAAUAACAUAGUCCUCCUUUAGUAGACUGCCUGGUAUACUGUAUAACAGGAAAGUAUAAACUGGGCUCAAUCUGCCCUGCUCUAAUGUAUUUGUAUGAGUAACACAAAUGUGCUGCAAGCUAGUGGUGAGUGCUUGAAGAGGCCUACCAGUCAGUCAUAGCUUCUGAAAUGCUGCGUUGAGACAGGGGUGGGUUUUGUUAUAUUUUUGUUUUUUCUCGGCGGAGUCUUUAAGCGACAACUGUGUGGUACUACUUUUUUUCGCUGUUUGAUUUUCAUCCAUCUUCCGCUUGUAUUCAUCGUGUAUCUCCUUAUGAUUCUUGAAGAGGUGGGAGAUGAAAUUGCUCGUAUUAAAGGAAGACGUCUUGGUUCCUCCUCGCAUAACCAACUUUUUGCAGUCAUUGCAAAUUGCCAGUUUUUUUUAUCCAUCAGAGACACUUUAAAAUAAUCCCAAACCAUGUCGUUAGUCAGUCACCGAGCGUGCUGGCUUGUUAGCCACGGCUACAGCACCGGCAACAACACACUCUUGUUGUUGUUAUGCUCCGUACAGCGGCGUUUUAAAAAUUCAUACAUUUUACUUUUUGAAACCGAUACCGAUAAUUUCCGACAUUACAUUUUAAAGCAUUUAUCGGCCGAUAAUAUCGUCAGUCCGAUAUUAUCGGACAUCUCUACACAGCAGCGUGGCUAAUGCAAGCUUGUGAUACAAAUAGAGCCCUGUGGAAUAGAACUAGAUAAACAGUAGAACUAACCAAUUGUUGGUUUUAGUCUUGUUCAUAGAAUUAGCUGUCGAUUGGAAAAUGAGAAUGUGCAAUAACAAUGAAAAGUUUACUAUCACAUGUUAAAAAAUGUGCUUGAACACGACUGUUGAAAAUGACACUGUAUGUCAGAUUUAAUGCAAUAAAUACUGAUGAGUUAGUACAUGUUUAUUUACGCCAUUACUUUAAAAGUUUAAAAGGUUAGACAACAUAUUUAGUUUGUCAUUGCUGAAAGUUGAUAAAUACUUAAAAAAUCAUCAUCUUUUACUUCAAGCGUGGAAUGCAUGCAGAAGUCAAUUUCCACUGACUGCAAUUCCAAUGGCCACCUGUGACGGCAGUAAUAAGCAACAGAGAUGUUCCAGCGUGAAGCCAGAAAAAUAAGAUUUUGGGCUGACACCCGAGGCUCGAAAAGGUUGGUGACCUCUGAUAUAGACAAUCAUAUCUUGAUUCAA